AUGGCGACUAUAUGUACUUCGUGUGGUAUAUCGAUUCCAUCUUCAUUGAAUAUUUAUAAAUGUCGUCAAUGCAUUAAUCAUUUCGUAUGUCAAGUAUGUGUGGCAAAAGAUCACCAUAGAGCAGGCGCUGCUCUUCAUACAUUCGAUGAAGUAUUUUUAAAAGAUAUUCAAUCAAUAAAUGAUGUUAACACUCAUACAUCGUCAGAAUUUGCUGAUUUUUCAUCACAGCGCCAAAUAAAAACACUGUCAAACUCGUUAUCAAUAUUUUAUAAUGAAGGAUACUUGUACAGUUUAUUAGGUUAUUGUUAUCACUGUUAUAGUAUUAUUGUUGCUGAUAAAGAACCAACUUUUCAAUGUCAACAGUGUCCAAAUUUUUUCGAAGUCUGUAUUCAAUGUAUAAUUUUGAUGGACACGCAACAUUCUUCUACACAUACAUUCUUAAAACAAUCUCUUAGUUACUGGAAAAACAUAGCACAUAAUAUGUAUCAUCUCGAUAUUAUCUGUGAUGGUUGCUCAAGGAUAGGAUUUAAUGGAAAACGUUAUCAAUGUGAAGAAUGCUCACCAAAUUAUGAUCUUUGUGAAAAUUGUUUUGGAAAAGUACAUACACAUCAUAAACUGAAAUAUAUACAAAAUCCUUUAUUACAUUCUCUUAAUCAAGAAACGCUAAGCCGAAGAACUUUAGCAUUAGCUGAAAGAAAUGGAAAGAAUAAUAGAAAUCGGCGUGAUUCGUUAACAGGUUGGACGAAAUCGGACGCUGAAUUAGUUAUUCAACAAGCGAAACAAGAAAAAGAUAACUAUAAUAAUCGACUACAACGGAUUCGGGCACAAAACAGUGCCGAUCAUACAGAAUAUACACGACAUUUACAAAAUACAGUUGCAGAUAACUAUCAACAGUUCAAUUGGAAUUAUAUGAGUCUUUGGUGA